AUGGCCAAAUCGAAUGGAAUUUUUUUUCAGGAAUUACAAGAUCUCGGACGCGAUCCACCGGCACAAUGCUCAGCAGGUCCCGUAGGAGAUGAUCUGUUUCAUUGGCAAGCGACAAUCAUGGGUCCUCCCGAAUCACCAUAUCAAGGAGGAGUCUUUUUCCUGACUAUUCACUUCCCUACAGAUUAUCCAUUCAAACCUCCAAAGGUCGCGUUCACUACUAGAAUCUAUCAUCCGAAUAUAAAUUCCAAUGGCAGUAUUUGUUUGGAUAUCCUCAGAUCGCAAUGGUCUCCAGCGUUGACAAUAUCAAAAGUUCUGUUGUCAAUCUGCUCACUCCUGUGUGAUCCAAAUCCCGAUGAUCCCUUGGUGCCCGAAAUUGCUCGAAUCUAUAAAACAGAUCGCGACCGGUACAAUCAGUUGGCACGUGAAUGGACUCAGAAGUACGCGAUGUGA